AUGGGUGAUAGUUCAAAUUCAAAUGUGCAGAAGGCUGAGGAACUCAAACUUAGGGCAAACGAUGCCUUCAAGGCAGCAAACAAGUUUUCUCAGGCUGUAGAGCUUUAUGACCAGGCUAUUGAUCUGAAUGGAUCAAAUGCGGUUUAUUGGGCAAAUCGUGCAUUUGCACACACAAAGCUUGAGGAAUAUGGAAGUGCUGUCCAGGAUGCUACAAAGGCUAUUGAGAUUGAUCCUAAAUAUUCGAAAGGUUAUUAUAGACGAGGUGCAGCAUAUCUUGCUAUGGGAAAAUUCAAGGAAGCCCUGAAAGAUUUUCAACAGGUGAAAAGAAUCUGUCCUAAUGAUCCAGAUGCUACAAGAAAGUUGAAAGAGUGUGAGAAAGCUGUCCAAAAAAUUCGUUUCGAAGAAGCAAUUUCUGUAGGGGAUACAGAAAGGCGCUCUAUAGCAGAUUCUCUUGAUUAUCAUAUAAUAGAAGUUGAACCACAAUAUACUGGAGCAAGAAUUGAUGGGGAUACAAUAACAUUAGAUUUCGUCAAGCAGAUGCUGGAGGAUUUCAAGACACAAAAAUGUAUACAUAAAAGGUAUGCACUACAGAUUGUGUUACAAGCACGGGACUUGCUGCGAGCAGUGCCUUCCCUUGUCGAUGUGAAUGUUCCGAAUGGUUGUCACUUUACGGUCUGCGGUGAUGUUCACGGCCAGUACUUUGAUCUGCUAAAUAUAUUUGAGCUCAAUGGGCUUCCCUCUGAAGACAACCCUUACCUCUUCAAUGGAGACUUUGUGGACAGAGGAUCGUUUUCACUUGAAGUCAUACUUACUCUCUUUGCAUUCAAGUGUCUCUAUCCAACUGGUAUGUAUCUAGCAAGAGGAAACCAUGAAAGCAAGAGCAUGAACAAAAUAUACGGUUUUGAGGGAGAAGUGAAGUCCAAGUUGAGUGAUACGUUUGUCGAGCUGUUUGCUGAAGUAUUUUGUUGCUUACCUCUGGCUCAUGUAAUCAACAAGAAGGUCUUUGUAGUUCAUGGGGGUCUGUUUAGUGUUGAUGGAGUAAAGUUAUCGGACAUUAAGGCCAUUGAUCGUUUCUGUGAGCCUCCUGAAGAAGGUUUGAUGUGUGAAAUUCUAUGGAGUGACCCUCAGCCUCAGCCUGGGAGAGGUCCAAGCAAACGAGGUGUAGGGCUUUCCUUUGGUGGAGAUGUGACAAAGAGGUUUUUAGAAGAUAACAACCUUGACCUUGUUGUCCGAUCCCACGAAGUUAAGGAUGAAGGGUAUGAAACCAUGCAUGACGGAAAGCUUAUUACUGUCUUCUCAGCUCCUAACUAUUGCGACCAGAUGGGCAACAAAGGUGCAUUUAUUCGGUUCAGUGCUCCAGAUUUAAAGCCAGAUAUUGUUAGUUUCUCAGCAGUGCACACCCUGAUGUCAAGCCGAUGGCCUACGCAAACAAUUUCCUCCGGAUGUUCCAAUAGCACCAGGCGGGACCUGUCUGGCCAAUUUUGA